GGUAUAAAACUUGGUUUAGGGGACUUCAUUUUCUACAGUGUUUUGGUGGGUAAAGCAAGUAGUUAUGGUGAUUGGAAUACUACAAUUGCAUGUUACGUUGCUAUUUUAAUAGGUUUAUGUUUUACACUUGUUCUUCUCGCUGUAUUUCGUAAAGCGCUACCAGCCUUACCAGUCUCCAUAUUUGCUGGACUUAUUUUUUAUUUUAGUACCCGUGAAAUAGUUACACCGUUUUGCACAGCUAUUUCAUUACGGCAGAUUGUUUUUUAA